AUGGCGAGCUUCGGAAUCGAUCGUGGCUACACUGACGCCAAUCGAGCUUUCUUGCAGGCGUUCCUCUCGCGAAAUGUCCUCACCUUGGAGACCGCCAAACCCAUCAUCGCCGCCAUUUCCUCCUUUCAAGACGGACGCGAAGUCCAGCUCCAAGAUGUGACGGUUGAAGAUCUAAAUUCGUAUAUCUCCGAAGCGAAUCGAAAAUUGUCCCCUCUUGAUCUCGAGAUCAGGAGCACCUUCCAUCAACAAACCCGAGAACGAGUCUACGCGCUGGUCAACACUACGAGCGACCCUCUGACCCAGCUGGCCACCACCUAUACCGCCGAUGAGAUUGUCUACGUCAAGAAACUUCUCGAUGCGAUGUUUAACGGGCAGAACAAUAAGGGCAAGCGGGAAGCCAUGUGUUUGAGUGCAAUUGAUGCCAUCCAGGUUGGAAGAGCCCAGAAUAGGCGUGAGACCCAGAAUGGGAAUACGACGCAGUCUUCUACCGGCAUGCUCGGCGCUCGAGACGCUGAGAGUAUGCUCAACAGGUUGGUGGACGAGGGUUGGCUCGAGAAAAGCAGGCUUGGAUUUUACAGCCUCAGCCCGCGAGCGUUGAUGGAACUCAAAGGUUGGUUGGUUGACACUUACAACGAUGAGGACGAAGACGGUCAGAAGAGGGAAAAGAUCAAGUUCUGUCAUGCGUGCAGAGAGAUUAUAACGGUGGGUCAACGAUGUCCCAAACACGAAUGUCCCUGUCGACUACACAAUAUUUGCAUCCAGAACUUCUUUCGCAUGCAGCGAUCGCAAAAUUGUCCUAUAUGCAACAACGAAUGGGAUGGUCGACAUUAUGUGGGAGAGAAAGCUAUAACCACUUCAGAGAGCUAUCAAACUGGUCGACGCCGAAGCGGUCACAGACCUAGAGCCGAUAUCGAGACGGAUAUAGACAACACGUGA